UGCCUGUAUUAUCGAUGCAGCAUGGAAUUGCUAUGAGCCGGAAAAUAGAGGGUUAUAUUUUACGUGUCGAAAGUAUAUUAUAGAUUUAAAAAAAUAUUAAUUUGAUCUGUUAUUUUUUAUGUGAGUCAUAGUGUUGAAUAUCGUAAUUAAAUUUUUUAUAUUGUUUGGUAAAAAACAUACACAUCGAUGAACAGAGAAGCUUUUUAAAUGAAGUACAAUGAAGCUCACGCAAGUGUUAUACAAGCAGCAUAUAGGUAGGCAAAUUCGAAGAUUAUGGUAUGUGAAGCGAGAACGCAAAGUAUCCGACACCAAAACCGAGAAUUAUUUGUCAACGUUGGGAAUUUCGGUGAAGGAAGCUUCGGAAAUAAUUAAUCCAAAACAGGAAUUGCCAAAACUACAGGUACAGUUUCUGAAACCAAAACCAAUAGCAUUUGAUGAAACGCAUCCCGAUUGGAAAGCUGAACCUUGUCUAAUAUUUAAGGAUCAUAAUGUUUUCCAAGAAGGAUUUUGCCAAGCACAAAUAUUAACAAACACUGUGUGUCUGCCGGACAGUUCUUCAAAUUAUAUCCAAAAUUUAUCUCUAGAACUACCGGAGUAUGUAGACAACAUAGUGAAGAGGAUAAUUUAUACUUCAAACAUAUUUGAUGCUCAUCAAGAAAGACUACCAAUCAGGAAGGAUCCUGAAAGACCUGCAUGGGUCUUUCCUAGGGAUUAUGGUAUAACUAAUUGUAGAAAAAUGCGGAACUUGUCUAAGAAAUUGUUGCAACUUUGUGAGUCCUUGUCAGGUCCAGAUAUCACACGAAAACGAUGUAUAUUGUAUGAUGGAAUUACACAAUUAAAUUUAGAUAAAGAAUCGGAUCUCAUCCAGUUUACAUUAAGAUCGGAUGUGAUGGUUAUGUCAGCAGAUCCUCUAAAGCCAAUAGAAAGUUCUAACAGUGGUAUGGAAAUAGAUCUCCCGAAUAUGCACCCAAUACAUCACACUAUGGGUUUGGACAAGACAAACAUCUACAAAACUGAAGACUUGUAUCCUGUCAGCGCAACAGUACCUUUGAUAAAUGUCCACACUAUUUUCGUGCACUAUGAUCCUGAGGAGGUGAAAAAUCUGACCGAAUUACCUGUGACACUAAACCAGAUUUUCAGUCGCACAUUGAUAAAAGUGUAUACUAUGGCAGCAUCUUGUGCACGACAAAAAUUCGGUUUAUCUGUGAAGGAACUACCGGAACCCGUGACUGUGCAAUGCAUUCAAUCGGAUGGAAAGAAUUACUACUUUUUCGUAUUUCAACUUAACUCGUUAGACGCGAAUGACAUUAACAUGAAGAAUUUCUGGUGUGCUCUACCGCCGUUGACGCUUUAUGAGAAAGCUGAAUAUGAUAAUGGCAGACCAGUAGUCGAGGGAUACAAUCCAGAGGUAUUCAGAAGAAUACUUGCAUUUUACAGGAAUGGAAGUUAAAAAUAAAAUCUGUUAAAUUAAAUAAAAUUGUUAGUAGAUUUUCUAGUCUUCUACGAA